AUUCCUCGAGUUUCUCCCCCCCUCCUUGUCCAAGAGCACUUACUACUUACUACCUUGUCGCCCCUUGCUCACUAUGUUCAGACUCGUUGCGUUGACCACUGCCGCGCUCGCUGUUGCAUGGACGACGACUUCGCCUUCCAGCAUGAGCUGCGACUUGAGCGAUGCUCGCAUCCAGGUUCCGGCGAACCAGACGCAGCUUGUUGCACCAGACUACGCGCCGCGCUAUGUCGGCAUUGCCGUUGGUACCCAGAAUUACACGUGCAACGCGACCUCGUCAACAUAUUCUUUGGCUGGUGCAGUCGCAGAUAUUAUUGACUCGUCAUGUCUGUACGGGACAUUCGCGUUCAACGACGCUCCCGCCAUCAUGUAUGAGGCCUGGAAGAAUACAGACGAACAGGCCACGCCGCAGCAGGUCAUCGCCGCGCUCAACGAGCUCCCAGUCUUGAGCGUGCUUGGCCAGCACUAUUAUGUCCCGAAUCCCUCUGGGUCAGGCGUGUCGCCCAAGUGGGAUUUCACGUCAUCUGGUGCAAACAAAGGCAAUGCGAAUGCGUACAUGAUUGGUGCCAAGGUUGGCGACAUCGAGUCUCCGGACUCACAGACGAACAUCGACAGCUUGAUGGUCAAGAACAUCCAGGGCGAGCUGGCGGACCUCGUCUUUAGAGUGGAGAACAACGGCGGGCAGCCUCCCGCUUCGUGUUCAGCAGGAGAAGCCCAGAAUAUUACUGUUCGCUAUGUUUCGCAGUACUGGUUCUUCGGGGGCUCUGCACGAGAUUGA